ACACCCAUCUUCUUCACAUGUCAUUAACAUCUCAUACACAGUACCCGCUUUUCCAUAUAAUCCACUUUACCACUAAAAUGGCGGAUGAGAGGAAGCACAAGCAUCAUGCCCACCUUGGUGAGCUUGGUGCCGCCGCAGCCGGAGGCUAUGCCUUGCAUGAGAAGCACGAGAAAAAGAAAGACCGAGAGCAUGCUCACAAGCACAAGAUAGAGGAAGGAAUUGGAGCCGCGGUUGGACUUGGAGCAGGCGGCUAUGGCUUCCACGAGCACCAUGAGAAGAAAGAGGAUAAGAAAGAGGCUAAGGAAGCGAAGAAAGAGGCCAAGUCCCAUGAAAAGAAGCACCACAAUCUCUUUUAAAUUGUAGUUAAUUAGCUCUAUGUCUAUGUUCAUAUGUUUACUUAUUUUGCUUGGGAUUUAUGAUGCUGCUACAUGAGUGCAGUGAGAUUAACUACUACCCUAAAUAAUGACUUGUGUGUGAGUUUUUGUUUGCAAUUAUCGAAUGUAUUUUUCCAUAUAUAAUUUUCUCGAUGC